GAACUGUAACUAUGAAGUAGUCCCAAGAGUGUGAAGGCACAAGGCUAUGAUGCACUGAAUCACAAGGAGGAAACAACUGACACCUCACUAGAAUAACAUGGGAGAAAAAUGUCACAGGAUGAAGCAAACCCACCUGAUUUUGAACAUUCCAGAGCUGAGGAAGAUGAGCUGGAGAAGACCACAAUUGUACCCGAGGAUGAUUCCAAGCACAUUUCAAUCUUUUGCUCCGUGUGUCAACAAACAAUAGACCCACACCACCUUUUUUAUCAUAAAAAAACCCACAAAGCCCUAACUUUGCUGGGCUUCGAUAACCCACAAACAAAGACGGACAACAAAACACUUUUAGCUCAGAGACAGAAGGUAGUUUCAAAAUUGACCAAGACCCCUAAAUAUUCUGAGACACAUAGGCAGAAGAUUGAUUAUUCAUUUGAAUUCCUUCUGGAUAAUAACACUCCUACAUCAUACUGUGAUCUUGCUAAUACUAACAAUCCCAGUACUUUUAAGAAAGUAAAUAAUUCUUUAAUAAAAGCAUUAUCAAUUUGCCAAGACAAAAAUUCCACAUGGCAGGCAGGCAUGGAGGACAGAUUUAUUGUGCUCGAGAACUAUGGGAACAGGUCAGAUACAUGUUUUCUGGGGUUAUUUGACGGCUCUGACGGUGCGACAGCUGCAGAAACAGUUGCAGCAGAGCUUCCCCUUCUAUUUCUUGACCAGCUUUCUCAAAUGGAUUCCUCCUACAUAAAGAGUAAGGACGAACAGCAAAUUCUAGAUUCUUUUGCCACAGUAAUCAAGGCAGAUUACAGGGAAAAAGAGAAGAUUUUCUCUGAUAAACCGGGCAACGCCAAGACCUGCAAUACUUACGAGUGGAUUCACAAAGCCUACGCCAAGUCCUUCUGGAGAAUGGACAGACUUUUACGACUGGGAAGGAAUGAGGAUUCCAAAGUUCGCUGGAGCGGCUGUUCAGCAGUUACCUGUUUGGUGGAGAGAAUCCCCAGUGAAGAGAGAGAUGGCACCGAGGAAGAAGGAAAAAACCAUUCUGGAAGCACCACACAUAGUCCAUUAACCAGGACACCCAAAGGUGCUGCUGGGUUGCUGCAUAUGGCUAACAUAGGUAAUGCACAUGCAGUCUUAUGUAAAAAUGGGAAGAGUCACUGCCUCUCGAAAGAGCACAGCACUUCUAAUGCAAGCGAGAGAAAACGCGUACUUCAGAACGGUGGAAACAUCAGCACUAACGAACCAGACGGGUUAGUGGAGGGGCACCUGAGAACUACAAGGGGUCUUGGACAUCACGGAGACCCAGUACUGAAAAGAUCUGUUAUACCCGUGCCUCACACCGUAUCUGUCCUUAUUGAUGAUACUUGUCAGUUUCUUAUUUUAGCUUCUAACGGGCUUUGGGAGGUUUUGGAUUACAAUGAAGUACUUACAUUAACUCUAACAACGUUCACUCAUUAUUUGAAAAGGUACGAAUGUGUUCAACAAAACAGAGCUUCUCCAUCUAAGUGUCAGUAUUUGAUGCCAACCACUGAAGACAACUUAAGUGACUCCAAGGCUAUUACAGAUCUGCAAGAUGGAAGAGAGAUACUGUAUUCCAGUAAAGACAUUUCUCUCACUGACUCAAAAGACAACCUGGAACAAAAUAAACCAAAAUGUUCCAGGAGGAACCAUUUGCAAAGUGAAGAUGGAGUUCCUAAGGAAACUGAUGACCACAAAAAUCAAGCUGAUCCAGAACCAUCUCUGUUCAGUAACAAUGAGGUAAGUUCACAGAACAGAGAGAUAAAACAGUCCAAUUCUAGCACAAAAGGUGACUCUGAAGAACAGAAACAGUUUGAGGACAGAAAUGUUGAUCUAUGUAAUAGUUUUCAGCCACAGACUUCACUGCCAGAAGAAACAGAGAGUGACACUUACUGCGCGACAGGUCCAAUCAGCACCCAUAAAGAGCUGCAAAGGAAUGUACUGGCAAUAGGGUCUAAAGGCGUGGAAGAGCCCCCAGAAGACACAGAAGCAUGUCUAUCUAGUUAUGACUCAGGGCCACACCUGGCAGGAAAAAUGGACUCCAAAGUAUUUUGUGACAAACUUGCAAGUUAUGCUGGUCAAGAACUGCUAAAGACUGAAUCACCAGUGGGUUCUAAACCACCUUCACCACAGUUUGAAGAGGACACAAAAACGUACUCAUCCAAUUGUGAUUCACAAUCUGCAGGAAGAGGUAGAGUCACCUCUGAGACGCUCUACGACAGCGCAGCAAGCUACAUCAGCCAACAGCUGGUAAAGACUGCCCUAGCUGCAGGUUCCAGAGAUAACAUUACUGUUUUGAUUGUACUUCUAAAUGGAUGCGAUAAGAUACCCGAUUACCUCAACAUCUAAAAAUUUAUCAUAGGAUAACUGGAGUGCCACAGUACAUAUAGUACAGCUUAUAUUUAGCUG